CCGACGCCGCCGCCGCUGCUUCUUGUUACCGCUGCCUCCUCACGACUGAACCGCGGGAACAACAACAACAAUAACAACAACAACAACAGCAGCAGCCCCCACAGAGAGCCAUGCUGCCCGGCAGCAAGAAGGCCAAGGACGGGCCCAGGCUGCUGUCCGCGAGCUGCCCGGACGAGCGCUGCGGUGCCCGCCUGCUGCUGCCCGCGGCAGGAGGCACAGCGCAGUGCUCCGCCUGCGGCCGCAGCUUCGAGGUGGAGGCCGCCCGGGGCCCCGCGGGCCUCUCCCGCGAGCAGGUCACCCUUCAGAACCUCCUCCGCAACUUCCUGCUGACGGGCGGCAGCGGCACGGGCGGACUGGGCGGCAGGAAGCCCAUCGCCCCGCUCGCCCGCGUCGACGGCCUCUGCAACUACCAGUGCAAGCUGCUGUCGCCCAUCCUGACGGUGCACGGCAUGGACCGCGCGACGGGGCGCGCGCGCCUGCUCAGCGACAUGGGCCAGGGCAGCACGUUCGACUGCGCCGUGCUCGGCGACCGCGGCUUCCGGAUCGAGGCGGAGAACCUGGCCGUGGAGGGAUACGGCAGGGACCGCUCCGGCAGCAUGGUGUACCUACGUGAGACUCUUCGUUUGAUCGCUGUUGCUAACGGGGACGAGGAGCGGCUGGUGCCCAUCCACGCGGAGAUGGACGGACACUGCCUGGUGCACGCAGUGUCACGUGCACUCGUCGGCUGGGAGCUCUUCUGGCACGCGCUCCGGCAGAACCUCAAGGCGCACUUCAGGGACAACCUGGAGCGCUACAAGGAGCUGUUCCGCGAGUUUGUGGACAUGUGCGAGUGGCAGGACAUCGUGAGCGAGUGCGACCCGGCGUUUGUUCCGCCCGAGGGAGUGCCUCUGGGCCUGCGCAAUAUCCAUAUUUUUGGACUCGCAAACGUGUUGCGACGGCCGAUACUUCUGCUCGACUCCUGGGAGGGCAUGCAGAGCCCCGGGGACUACUCUGCCACCUUCCUGCCCGGCCUCGUCGAAGAGCGGCUGUGCCGUGGCCACGACGGCCGGCUGAACGAGCCGCUGUGCGUGGCGUGGAGCAGCGCCGACCGCAACCACUACAUCCCGCUCGUGGGCGUGCUGGGCCGCCCGCCGCCCCGCCUGCCGGGCCUCGUCGUGCCCAAGGCGUGGGGCGUGCCGCAGGCCCUGCUGCGCCGCUACGUCGACUUCGACGAGGACGGCUCGUGCACCGUGGGCGGCAGCCGCCCUCUCCGGGGUCGCUACGUGCGUCGCCUCGUCGCCGCCAUGGAGGAGGUGUACGCCAAGCGGCACGGAGGCCUCUGCCCGUCGCUCGUGGCCGACGCACGCCACUACGUGUACCGGCGGCCCGACGAGGCGGACGUGGCAGGAGCGACGGCGCUGGCGCUGCGCGAGCGCCGCCUCUACCGUUGCCUGUCGUGCGAGGCGCUGCUGGAGUUCGACGUCCCCGCGGAGUGGCUGGCGCCCGGCGGGCGGCUGUACGAGCUGGCGCGACGCUCGCACGGGCUGCUGCGCACCGACCGCUCCUACAGCUUUCCGCAUUUCGGCGUCGUGUGCUCGUACGUGGACGGGGAGGGGGAGGGCGGCGGCUGCCUGGAAGCCGACUACGGCGAGAGCGAGCUGCCGCGCUGCGCCUGGUGCGGGGCCAGUGCCGUGCGCAAGGUGGUGUCGGGCGACGGUGCGGUGCUCUACAAGAACGGCGACCGCACGCGGACGACUUCCGGGGGCGGCACCGGCAGCGUGGGCCGCUGCGACUGCGGCUUCAAACACUUCUGGGACGGCGGCGAGUACGACAGGCUGCCUGAGGAGCUGCCCGUGACUCUGGAGUGGGGCGGAAGCACGGUGCACGAGAUCGUCUACUGGUUCCAGCAUGAGAGUGACGCGUCGCUGAACAGCAACGCCUACGCGGAGGCGACCAAGCUCGUGGCCAAGCACUUUCCCGGCGAGUUCGGCAGCGAGCUGCUCGUGCAGAAGGUUGUCAAUGCCAUCCUGCGGCAGACCGCCAAGAGGAACGCUGACGGGCAGCGGCGGCAGCCCGUGUCGCUGAGCGAUGGUGGUGGUCAACGCAGCUGCGGGGCGGUGGGCGAUGUCGGAGUGGAACGGACUGAGGAUGGGCAGCCCGAGGAGGGCAGCAUGGCCGUCAGCUGCGAGAGCCCUAGAGUGCAAGCGGAUGCGGAGCAAGCACCGCCAUCCAAGAUCAUCCUGACGGGGCCUAAGGGGCGGACGCUGCACCGGGAGGAGCUGACGAUGAGCCAAGCGGAGCAGGACGUGGCCAGGAGGAUAUCGGACAAGGCUCCCUCCGCUCAGCGCAAAGCUACUGACCGUAUCAAGCAGCAGCAGCAACAGCAGCAACAGCAGCAGAAUCAUCAGCAGCAAAAAGGCAAGGAGAUUAAGGAGCCAUUGCCCACGGAGGUCACGACCACGGCGGCGCUGGACGAAGCUCCUCAUGGCGGUGCGAGUUCCGGAAAGACGGCGGUCCGCCCGGAACCGGAGAAGAAAAUCCGGGCGGCCACGGCGGACGGGAGACAAGCGACGCUCACGCUGCUUCCCAGCACCACGUUCGCCGAGCUGCGCGCCAGCGUGGAGCGGGAGUUCGGCAUCCCCGUGACGGAGCAGCGCAUCCGAUUCGGUUUCCCGCCCCGCGAGCUGAGCGCGCCGGCUCCGGGCGACGAGGACAGGCCGCUGCCGCUGCAGCACGGCGAACGCAUCUCCGUGGAGUCCCUCGCGCCGGCGGGAGACUCGCAGGGCCCCCGGGGCGGCCCCGUCGGGCAGCCCGAGCGGCGCGACCUCACCGCGGGCGGGGGCCCCGCUCGUCCGCCCUCGCCGGCCGGCAGGGCCAGGCCGGCUGCGUCGGCCGAUGAGCUCGACGAUCAGGAAAACAUCGACCUGGAAAUGUCGUCGUUGCACCUCCUCGUCACCCUCACCGGGCAGGACAUGUGGUCGUACGUGAAGAAGAUGCCUUACCUCUUUCAGCAAGGAGGGGUUUUCUACAAGAAAGUGCGGAAUGACAUUGGGCUGGUCGAUGGCAAGCACGUGACGCUGCCGGAGCUGCCGGGGCGGACCCUCGUGUACAACGGCGACGCCGACCGCCUGGAGCUAUGCCUGGAGCCCGGCGGCCACUUCCCCGUGGGGCCCGAGCUGGAUCGUGACGUCGCGGCCGCCCUGGAGACUCGAGCGCGCCACGACCGCACGCCCACGUGGAGCAGGAGUCGCGAGGGUAGCCCUUCGCAUCACGGAGGACAGGGCGGCGGGAGUAGCGGCGGCGGCGGCAUGAAGCUUGGCAGCGGCGGAGCCAUCGUUCGCCGCUCAGAGCAGCAGCACAACGUGCAUGCGUUCCACGGCAAGGGGCACAGCCUGGUGUCGGGACCGGCGCAUUCUCCCCCAGAGCGGUCGGGCACGAUGCACCAAGCGUCCGGCGCGUCGUCGCCCAGAGCGACCGGCAGUGGGGGGGGCCCCUCAUCCUCGUCAUCGUCACCCGCGCGAGCCCCAAGGGAGUCGGAGGGGCGCGCGGUCCGGGUCGGCCCAGGGUUCACAACGCACCACACCGACGCGACCUCACAAGCGGACGGUAGCGCCACGACCGGCAGCUCCAUCUCCCAGGCCGCCAUCGGGGAGCAGCGACAGCGCCUGCUCGAGAUGGUCUCCGCGAUCCAGGCGUCGGUAGAGAAGCACAUGAUGAACAGGGACGAGCAAAUUCCACCGGGCUCUCGGCGGUCACCCUCUCCUCAUUCUCCGGCCCAGGCUAGCGUGACCGGCGCUCCCCUCGGCAACAGCAGCGGCGGCGGUGGCGGCACGAGCGUGCGGCAGGAGCGCACGGAGCGAAAAUCGGGAAACCUCGCCCAGCCGGAAGUUCUCAACAAACUGUCGGAGCCUUUGGGAAAAGCAGCCACUCAAGUUGGUGAAGAUGAGGACGACCACGACGAUAACGACGACGAAGUUACUGAGGUUGAAAGCGAUGGUAAAGGUUGCAGCGACGGGCGAGACGGCGAAAGUUCGCUCGCCGGCGUGGCGGUGGAGACUCCGAUGGAGGUGAUGGACCCUCACCCGGCGGUGGCGGUGGCAGAGGAGGAGGAGGAGGUGGUGACAAGACCCAGGCAGACAGAUCGGAAGAUGGAGGCGGAUGAGGAACCGGAAGAGAUGGAGAGCCAGGAAGCAGGCAGUGCCGCUGUGCCAACGCACAUGGAAUUCACGUAAAAACGGAACACAAGCGAGCGACACGCAUUAUAUAUCUCUCUACUAUACAUAUGCUAUAUAUAUGGAAAACAAAAUUACAGCGCACGAGUGUGUGAGGUGGCUGUUGUGUUGGAUGCUGUUAACAAGCGUGUAUAGUGCAGUGAGUGCCUUCUGCAUGACUUUAAUCUUCCCGAGAAUCUUGAGGAUCAGAACCUUGCAGCUGGAUAGCCAUAGACUUCGAUGCAUUUUCAUAAUUUCCGAACGAGGCUUAAAUACCAAGACGAGACUAGACCCGUCGCUGCUUGACUGACCGCUUCACUACCAUUAAAUCUCAUUUAAAUUUUGUAAAUUAAGUGUUAUUUUGGUUUACAUAAAUAAACUUGUAUUUUUUUUUUUCAUUACGUUUCUUUUUCCCCGAUUGGUUUACUUUUGAAUCACUAACUUAUUUUGAGCUCUAUCGUCCGAUUUAGGAACUUGCACGGAGAAGUUGCUAUUCGUUACGUUCCCGGCACUGCAGUGUGUUGGCGUGUCUCGUCAUUUGGUGAGUUACAGGGUAUGUGCGAUUAUCCCCCCCCCACCCUCCCAUGCCUCCUCCCCAAUCCUUCCCCCCAUUCCUGCGCUUUGAAUGCAAACGUUGCGGAUGUUGCACAUUAUUUAAACGAUCCUAAGUGCGCACUUUCACCCAAGCUUGCGUUGUGGUGCUCCGGACACUGUGCGCGAUCUCUCCCGACAUUGUUUUCUGCCGAUUGCUUCACGUUUGUGGCCACGCGGGUUCUCACAUGAUGCAAGUUUGAACAGCCUCGGCCAGCUUUCACGACGCAGGUUCUGGGAUGAGACGUUGCAAUCGGAAGGUUACCCGUGAAUUCAUCAUCAUAGCCAUCGACCUUUAUAAAUGGCACCUUGGUAACGUGUUGGAAUUGAAUUGCACACGCACGCUGAUGCUAUUCACUAAAUCCGUUUUUUUUUGCCAAAUCGCGAAGUUUCUUCUCGUCUUCCAUUUACAGUGCUGAGCUUGGUGGUGGAAAUUACACAUCCCUAUGUCAGGGGCAAGUCUAUCCAUAGGUCAACCACUCCGGAUUUACCCUCCACAUUUAGAAACAUGCCUUUAGAAUAAUUGGCUGCUAUAAAUUUCCACGUGAUGAGCCACUUCGUUGAGCUAUCAUUUGUGGCCAGGUCACGUCUGAAAAAGCUUUCUAGCUCAGUGGGCUUCACCUCGACAAAACAAUGUUGUUUUUACUGUUGACUUCAUCACUAAGUGCAUAGCUAUUGUUUUGAUCCUGGGAGGACGAUGGGCUGAGCCAACUGCUCACUAAGAUUUGAACUCACAACCUUCCGAUUGCAAGCCACUCGUAUUUCCGCAUGGCCAUCUGGCCAACUUCACUGAGCAAAUUUGGUAACCAAAACCAUUUUCAAUAUUAGUUGUACGUUGGCUGAGAGAAGUAAUAGCUUCCACCCUUGUGGCAUGCCUCGUAAUCAUGGUCCAAUUUGGACCUGCCAAAAGAAAAUCUGCUUGCGUUAAACUGGCUUGGCCGUGCGAACCCCAAAAAUGCCAAAAUGUGUUGGUGUGCGACUUAUUCUAACGAGUGUAAUAAAGCGGACCUAAAUGGAAUAGCAUAUAAUAAAAUUGAAUAACUGUAAUUGCAUACUUCUAGCACUUAAUAUUGCUGUUAAGGUGUUUUUGCUAUUUACACUGAGUCAUGCUCAUCUGGGACAAGCGACUUCCACCUAGCCACAUGACAAACCGGUGCAAUGCAUAGUCAUGUGCUUUUUUUUUCCACAUACGGGCUCUGGGAUUUUUAUUUUUGUGGACGUGCGACUUCCUGUCGAACUUACCUUUUUUAAACGCUAAAAUAAUUCCCCAGACACUUUCCCCAUUGUCAUUAACGAGUAAAUGUUUAAGGCUCAAGUAUUUGUAGCUUCCGGAAACAUUUUGGUGUCUUAAGUUCAGAACAUUAUAUUAAAUACUUCCCAAACAGUUUAUUGCGUGACUUCUGUGCCCAUAAAAAAAACAACACUCAAUGAAAUGGGGGAUAAGCACCAAGCAGUGAAAUAAUAACGAUUGAGUUAUGAAAUAUUAGCAUGGUAAGACACAUGUCCAUCGUGAAACAAAAGCAACGUUUUGCAAUUGAUGCAGGGUCGAUGUGGCUAACUGUGAUUGCUGCUUGUCUGAGAGUAGAUUUAAGCCGGUGUUGGUACGUGAAAAUGAAGGCCAUCAGUCUCGCCAACAUUUCAGGCACUCAUUUUCAAGGCACCUCCCAAAAGAUUUCCUCAUUUGUGUCAUUAAAAAAGUCCCAUUUUCCCCCCUGGUCCACCCAUGACAACACUUUUCACGUCUUCCAACCUUUUUGUGCGCCAGAUUUUGCAAAGGUACCUUUAAUUUUGGUCGACCUGAUGAGACACAUUUGCAUGAACCGCAGGAAAAUUUUCUUUUCUCGUGAACUGGAGUGGCUGAUCGCAAAUCCAAGUGCCACCCAAGUGUUUAUUUUUUGGUGCCUUCCAGAAGAGGGAGCCAUUCAUAAGGAUAAACCUGGAGGAUUUUUUCAUUUCGCUGCCACAUAGGCAAAAGUGACAAAGUUGUUCAUGGCACAGCGUGGCAGAUUUUUUUUAAAAGAGUGUACGGGACCGGUGGCAUCGCGCGCACGCUGACUUGUGGAAUACGAUCGCUGGCACGAACUCGGCUUAAAUAGAGUCGUGGGUGGUGGACACAUUCAGUCUUCUGUGACAUUAAAACUAAAAAAACAAUGCUCACGGAUGCGACGAUGCUUUACUCCUUGCUGGCUCCUUGUGCGCUCCUUGUGUGUGAUUUCAAAAGGCAUGGUGUUUUCACAGCUACGCUUGUGCUUUGUCGGUGAUUCUCCAAUGUACUGUAUCUCACUGUACUGUAUAUGCAAUAAGAGGGUACAUUUACCCCUUACUAAAAUCUGAAACGUUUGCGUGGGAGAGUGCUGAAAUUACUUUGCCUGGCGAGGAAAUGUAAAAAAUGCAGUGAUAUAACAUUGUCUGUAAAAGUGAUCAUUUAUUUGCAAAAUGCACUGGGUUAUUAAUUUGAAACGAUCAGAAUACACACUGGUUUAUCGGUGCCCGCAAGCAGCAUUUGGCUGUAUGACCAGAUUGGUUCUAUGUGAGAUGCAUGUUGUAACUUUCUCCGUUUGUCCACAGAAUCUGUUUUACUAAGUGUGUACAUAAAUUAUGCCCUGCCAAGA